AUGCAUAGCCGAGUCCGACUAUCCCUCCCGCCAGGAGAGCAAGACUCCGACUCUUCUCUCGACAUCCGACCACUCAACACCCCCCAACUUCCCGUUGAGCUAUGGGACGAGAUUGGGGAAAUUCUCUCGGAAAACGUGGUCGCUUCCACAGCACAAGACUUGCUCAACGUGAUGCUUAGUUGCAGAGAACUAUUCCAAAUCUUCAUUGGACACCUCUACAAGUUCAACAAGCGAAUGAUCGAGAUAUCUUCGCUCCCUCCACCGCCCGGUAGUGAGCCGUCGAGGAGGAGGAAACCAAAAAAUACCUGGACCGAACGAUCUGCUAUGCAAUGGGCAGCCCGGAACGGCUUACAAGGAACCGCUCAAGCGGUAAGGGAAAUUACACCGGAUCUUUGCCAGGUCUCCCAUGUUGGAGUCGCGAUCAGACAUCAACACUAUGAAUUCGCGUGGAUGCUCUUAAAAUGGAAGGAGAUUGAUGAAAAGGUCGCGGCCGGUGUCUCACACGACAGUCCCAUCUUUGCUGCCGUCGCCAUGAAUCAUGCGGCACUCAUCGAAUACAUUACCAAGCUUCAAGGUAUAAAGUUUCUCAUGACGGAAUAUAUUCUCAGCCUUUUCGGGCCUCUCAAAAAUGGACAAUAUCCUUUGCACCGGAAGUGCCUUCGUGCAGGUUGCUUUAAAAGUCCCCGCAGCUCUGAAAUGCUGUCUGUCUUGAUCAAUCACGGACUUGAUGUCAACCAGACCGUUGAAAGAAUGCCACUUUUGAUGCAUGCUCUUCGACUUGUCAAAAUUUUAACAAAUACGAUUGGAGUUGUCAAGGAUCUGCUUUCCAUGAUCCAGGAUAUCGAUCAGCAGGACCUGGAUAGCGGAGACACCUCUUUGAUGUUUUGGCUUCGUGAUUCCCAAGAGAUGGCGGGCAAACCUGGGGAAGAGGCCCUUUGCCUGGAAAUAACCAAGUUGUUGCUCGAUCAUGGCGCAAGCCUCGAUUCUCGAAACAAACGAGGCGAUACGCCACUUCACAUAGCAACCGCUCAUUCCUACCCUUCGGUCGUACAACUCUUGAUCGACCGUGGAGCGGAUGUGAAUGCAACGGGUAACAGGGGCCAAACCGCACUUCACUGGGCUACGAGCGGGACAUGUUCGGAUCCAGGAGUUGACGAGCAUGACCGCCCACAGGAGCACCGCAGUGCAAUCGAGAAAGUCGCUAUACUAAUCAAGGCCCACGCGGACCCCGAUUUCAUAUCCGAGAGCGGUUCAAUGGCUCUUCGUCCACUGCCUGAAGCGUGGUUGUGCCAUGAUUCGUUUGAAAAGAUGGUGAAGAUAUACACUUCCUCUGCCCGGGAUCGCGGUGAUCCAAUAAACGUUGUCGAUUUCCUGCAUCGAUGUCCAUCUCUAUUGACGUCUUGUGCUCUCAUCAUGAAGAUGGCAGAUUCUGGUUCUGAAAAGAUGGAAAAGGAUUUUGAGUUUCUUCUGGGAUAUGGGCUUGAUAUUGAUGAGCAUAACUAUAGAGGUAGAACUUUGUUGGAUCUUAGCCUCACACCUGGUUCCAUACCUGGUAAUUCUUGGUUGUUCAUGUAUCUUCUAAGCAAGGGUGCGAAGAUUAACGCUACCAACCAGAAUGGCAAAAAUGUUCUUGAUCGUACGAGGGAUGUUGAAAUAAGGGAUCUAUUAAUCAGGCAUGGAGCACUACCCGGUUCUCAGCUUGAAAGGUCUGUUGGAAAUUGA